CCUGGCCCUCUGUGGUCUGCUGAAGAACGCUGCACAAGUCUGGCUGCUCCGACCUGUGGUUCCAUCCCUCAGCUGUUCCUUAUAUUCAUUUACUUUGAAUAACAAAAGAGUGCCAGCAGUGAGUUAAGAGGCCAUCUUGUCCAUUUUAUGGUUUGGGAGGAGGCCUGUUUAGCUUGAGGGUCCCUUAAGUCCUUAUAGGUGGCCCACUGCUGCUCCACAUGAAUGUGAAGAAAGUCCCUAGGUAGCUGCUAACCGUAGAUCAAGCAGCUAAUGGCGCUGAAGACCUCACAAUGGCCAUAGGAUUUAUAAUGUGCUGCCAGGCUUCAUCUUUGAAGGGACAGUAGCCUGUGUGUCCCAUGGCCCCAUCUCUUACAUUUUACUGUCACCAUGUUGUUAUUUGUCCUUUUCUCUUUCUGACUAAUGGGGCAGACCAACCAGGUCAAGACUUAUCUGUGGACCUGGAAGAGGACCAUUGUUGUGGCUCAUUUAAAAUAGCAAAGAAAGGCCGGUGUGCCUCUUUGCUUGGAGGAUAGAAGGAGACACCGCCUUCUCUUUGCCCAGCCCCAUAACAGACUUCUUCAGUGGUGCCAGAUGGUUGUAUAAAGAAUGUGAGUGAUGCAAGACGACAUAGAAGAGAGGAAAGAAGUUAAAUAUGGCCAGUUGGCUCCUUGCCAGCAGCAGAUGGAGUCCACCCAGGUGACUAGGACCCGAUCUACAUCUCCCUGGUUUGUCCAUCAACAAACUAAGUGCCUCGGUGCCGGCCACCCUCAGGUCACCUCAACCAUGAUGGGCGCCAAACAAUAAAAGUCUUGACCCAGUGUCCCCCAGACAGCCUGCACAAAGCAAAUAUUUGAGGCCAUUGUAUCUCUCUUUUUUUGGAAAAGAUCAGUGAAGGGUGUUGUUGGGAGACAGAAAGAAAAAGAAAAGUGGGGGAGGAAAAGUAGUCCUUUCAAAGUGCACUCUGCUAUUUCUGCUGCACUGUGGGCAGGCAGCGUCUCAUUUGGGAGAGCUCUUGGCCGACAAAAAAAGGACUUCCCUGUGCCCUGCCUAUCCCAAUGCCUGUGUAAAUACUGGAUAAAGAUAUCAAUUUGUCUGGGCCGAACAUCGCCCAACAAGGCGAGUUAUCUACAAGGCAAGUUAUCUAUAAAAAACACAGUGACAAGCUUCAACUCUGUGGUGUCUUGAGGUGCUACCUAUGUAUUAACCCUGAAGGAAGAUUCACAGCUUUGAGAACAGGAAUGAGAGUCACAGACUUCUAUGCUUAACCCCCUUUUCAAACACCAUAACUAAUUUUGAACAGCAGAUUUCUGUUUAGACAGCCAUUUGAGGGCUGUAGUUUUAAUGUCUUUCCAAACUGGUGAAUAAACAUGAAGCCCCUAACACCAAUUGGAUCCCCAUCACCUCUGAGGCUCCUCAACAAGGGUCCAGACUACCUGCGCAGGCAGAUAGAUGGUGGAGGCCACGGCCGCUCCAUCAGUGCAGUGGAGAGGCUUGAGGCGGACAAAGCCAAAUAUGUUAAGAGCCAGCAGGUGAUCAACUCCAAGCAGGAACCUGUACUGGCACCUUGUGCCACUCCACCACCACAGCCCCGGAGAGCUGCUGCCACCCCUGGGAGCCUGACGCCUCAGCUUUUCCCUCGCAGUUCAUCCAACACCCCCUUCUCUACACUCUCUGGCUCCUUUACUUCGAGAGAUGAAAAUGAAAAUGAUGACUCUAGAAAGGAGAACCGACACAUUUCUGUUGAUGUUGAAGCACAUAACAGGAGCAAUGUGAACAAUGUAAUGCCUUCCAGCCCCAGGACACCUGGAAAUAACACCUUGGUAGCACCACACAGUGCUCCUGUGCUCAGAAGAAGUACAGGCAAACGCAUGCUGAGGCCAGAUUCCCUUGUCAUUUACAGACAGAAAAAAGAGUGCAAGAGCCACAGUGGAGCAGCAGUGGGAGAAAACAAUAACAUGGAAGUGAAGGGCUACAGUUUUGUCCGCCGCCUCUUCCAGGGCUCCAUGAGAGAGAAGAGUAGUGAAGGUGAGAGCAGAAUCCAGAAGAUGGUGAUCAGGGAAGAAAAAGCACCAUUGCGGGAUGGAGACUCCCGUAUGUCUUGGACCAAUGACAAAGACGCUACAGAUGGUGGACCAGGGAGUAGGAGAUCUAGUAAAACUGACCAAGAACGCAGUCCAGGUUUUGUACCCAGCCCUGGGUUUAGCUGCAUGCUUGAACAGACUAACAAUGGAUUUACAAACUGUGCCAGUGUUAGAGUUAAAGAUAGUAUCACCAAUGGCAACCACUCAAGUAACCAUGAUGACGAAAAUGAUCCGUGGAAGCGGGCAUCACCACCAGCACCCAGAAGGCUGUUUGGGGAGUUGCACCGUUCAAAGUCAGACGUCAAUCUACGCUGCUCAGUAGCAAUAGCAAUAUCAGAGCAGGAGCAUUUCUUUGACUUCUGCGGGUUGGACGUGGACAUGAUAGAACGUUUGGGUCGGGAGAAUUUCCUCUCUGCGGCCAGCUCCAUAGACACACUCUCACUGGCACUUCGCAGCGUGGGUGGGGAGUGCUGCGGUGGCUCAGAUCCCAGUGAGUUCUCCCGCCACUCAGGAGAUGGGCUGUUUCAGGAUGAGCUGGCCGAGCAGCUUCCUGCUGGUGUGUCAAUCAUAGAGAGAAAUGCUCGUGUCAUCAAGUGGCUUUACAGUUGUAAGAAUGCAGCUCAAGAGGGCCCCAAAGAGUCUACUGUUUAAUAUAGGGACAAGGAACCAUGUGCCACGGGGUGCUGAGGGUCUGCAGGUGUCAUUUCUAACUAAAGAGUGUAAACCAGGGAAUCUGUACACAUUCAUCCAGUAAGAAUCAGUUAGUGAAAUCGCAAAAGAUUUGGGUCUGCAGACCUUUACCCUUUGUGUAGAAAUUUGCUGCUUAAAGAAAUUUGAAAUAUAACAAUGAUACCCUCUUGAAUUUCACAAACAUUUAGUAAUGGCUGUGAUUACAUUUUGCACCUUCACAGCAGAGAAGCAGAGCUUUCCUGGCAAAACUGCCAGAAAAAUUAUUUUUGUUUUAAAUUUCAGAUGAGAGUUAGUUGUGGUCAACUUGGUGUUUGUUUCAGCUGCACCGAGGCUGAACGUUCCACGGCACAUAGUUACUUUUAGUCCCUUGUUCACCCUGACUCCAAAGAGAAUGAUUUUUUUUUUUCCAAAUGAGAAGACUGCUACUGCUUAUCUCAUGUCAAAUUGAUAUGUUGUAUUUAUAGAUUCUCUUGAAGUAUUGUGUUGGUAUAGACUGACAUAACUGGUGAAUAGAUCUACUUUUUCCCAGCAAAAUGUUUGUGUGCAUGUGUGUGUGUGUAUGCAUUGCUGUCUUCUACAUUUGUACCUUCUGUUCAGUUCUUUGGUUACAGACAGAUUCAGAACUGAGCUGCAAUCAGCCCAUGUGACCCCUCAUAAGGCACAUAAGUGUAUGUUUGUCAUGACAAAAUGGACACAGUUAGUAUCUCUGACACCAGUGCUCUCUCUUAAUUAAUUUAAAGUGGAAAACCACGAAGCUAUGCUUUUGCUCUAAACUGGAAAACUGUUGUGUGAGUGUGAAGUGAACCAUGAGUACCUCAUUUGGAUCUGUCCCAGUUUAGUUUGAUUUGCUUUUUUUUUUUACUCUUUAAACGCAGGCGUUGGAACAGUGAAGUACCCCUGUGGGGUUGUUAAUGCACUGAACUGGACAGAGAGAGGAAAUGAAAGAGAAAAAUAUAGCUAUGACUCAAAGAUUCAUCUCUUGUAACAUUGAACACUGAGCUGUAUUCAAAGGAGCGCCUAGAUUUGUGGAAGACAAGGCCAAUAAUUUUCUUUAAUUUCAUCUCAUUUUCCGAACCCUACAGUGGCCAUACACUGUCGAAUAUUCACUUGUGAUACAGUCAUUGAUUUUCACAGCUAAUGCUUUGUGCCUGUUCAGCCUUCGUGACUGUGUAAGCUAUAGCGCUGCAGAAAUAAGGCAAAGGGAACAACAGCCUGUUAAUGGUCAAUCCUGUGAGAGCAAAAUUGGACUUUGGUGAACACACAUGUACACACAGAAUUUAAAUCUCUUUAAAAAAAAAACUAUUAAGCAUGAAGGAAAAUCUCAUAAAAUAAUAUAUUCACCUCCAAAAGAAAAGGAACUCAAGUCGUCUGCCAAAUGUGGUCACAUUUACCAUCUGGCAGUUUACAGAUGUUCAACCUCCCCAGCUGUUCCAUCAGCCUGUUUUACAUCAAAACAAGCAGAGAAGGCUGAAGCUGCCCUCCUUUCUCUGAUAACCACAGCUCCCUCGCUUCAUCCAUCCUUCGGUGAUUUUCACUUUAUCUCCAGGAAAGGUCAUCUCCAUUGCUUGGCCUGGAGGAUGCCACAGAAAUAUGAACUAGAGGUCUCUCAAGUUAUGUGGAGGUUACAUUCUAGUCUGAAUCCAAGGACACAUUAUAAUUGUACAUGUGAUGAAUUAACACGAUUACUUAGAACCUUGAUAUGUUUUUUGUUCUGUACUCAAUACGAACAUGGCACGCACCUGAAACUCCAUCAAACUGGAUUUAUUAUUUGGCUGUUUUACAUCUCCCCAUUAAAAACUGAUUGGUUGCAUAUUUACAAAGUUGCUCCAUCAGUGCUCAAUCUCUUUUUCUUUUCAUAUAUAGGAGAUUUUGUUUUAUUACAGAGAUGUUUAUGUAAGAAAUCCACACCAAAAUAAA